ACUGUCUCGGUAUAAAAACCCGCCGCCUCCCCGCCCUCCCUCACUCUCCCAGCUGCCUGGAGCGCGGCGGUGCCUCUCGGCGCGCUUCUUUUUUUUCCCUCCCUCCCUCUCUCUCUCUCUCUCUCUCCCCCUGCAGAGGGAGGCGCCUUUGGAAUUAAACCCUUUCGUCGCCUCCCCUCUUUUCUCCGCCGUCGCCUUGCGAGGAGAGGAGCCUAGAGAAGGCGCUGCGAAGGAGGGAGGAAGAGGAGGAGGAGGAGGCGGCGGCGGCGGCGACGGGCUUGCCAGGAUGGCGACGGUAGUGCUGGAACCCGAGUCGGAGCCGUCUUGUAGCCUUCCCAGCGCGGUCCCCCCUUCGCCGAGCCUGUCGCACCGUUUUCUCGACAGCAAAUUUUAUCUGCUGGUCGUGGUGGGCGAGCUGGUCACGGAGGAGCAUCUGAGAAGAGCCAUAAGCAAUAUAGAGCGAGGUAUCCGAUCAUGGGACACAAACCUCAUUGAAUGCAACUUGGAUCAAGAACUUAAACUUUUUGUGUCUCGCCAUUCAGCUCGAUUCUCUCCUGAUGUGAGAGGUCAAAAAAUCCUUCACCACAGAAGUGAAGUUUUAGAAACCGUUGUGCUGAUUAAUCCUUCUGAUGAAGCAGUCAGCACUGAGGUGCGUUUAAUGAUAACAGAUGCUGCACGACAUAAACUUCUGGUACUAACUGGGCAAAACUUUGAAAAUACAGGCGAACUCAUUCUUCAGUCAGGAUCUUUCUCAUUUCAGAAUUUCAUUGAGAUCUUCACAGACCAAGAGAUUGGCGAAUUAUUGAGCACUACUCAUCCUGCCAACAAGGCCAGCUUAACACUUUUCUGUCCUGAGGAAGGGGACUGGAAGAAUUCAAACCUUGACAGACACAACCUUCAAGAUUUCAUCAACAUUAAGCUGAAUUCUUCUUAUAUUUUGCCUGAAAUGGAAGGGCUUUCUGAAUUUACAGAGUACUUGUCAGAGUCAGUGGAAGUACCAUCACCAUUUGAUAUUUUGGAGCCGCCAACAUCAGGAGGCUUCCUGAAACUUUCUAAGCCUUGUUGUUACAUUUUCCCUGGUGGAAGAGGAGAUUCCGCGCUGUUUGCUGUGAAUGGGUUCAACAUGCUUAUCAAUGGAGGAUCAGAGAGAAAAUCUUGCUUCUGGAAACUCAUCAGACAUUUGGACAGAGUAGAUUCAAUUUUGCUCACUCACAUUGGAGAUGAUAAUUUGCCAGGAAUUAACAGCAUGUUGCAACGGAAAAUAGCAGAAUUGGAAGAGGAGCAGUCUCAAGGCUCUACUACCAAUAGCGACUGGAUGAAAAAUCUAAUUUCACCUGAUUUGGGAGUUGUAUUUCUUAAUGUUCCCGAAAGCCUAGGAAACCCAGAUCCUAAUUUGCAGUUAAAAAGAAGUGUAGAAGAGGCUUGUUUUACUUUGCAAUACUUAAACAAGCUCUCCAUGAAACCAGAACCUCUCUUUAGAAAUAUAGGAAGCAACACUGAGCCCAUUAUCCUUUUUCAAAAAAUGGGUGUAGGGAAACUGGAAAUGUAUGUGCUUAACCCAGUCAAAAACAGCAAAGAAAUGCAAUAUUUCAUGCAGCAGUGGACAGGUACGAAUAAAGAUAAAACUGAACUAAUAUUACCAAAUGGUCAAGAAAUAGAUAUCCCAGUUUCCUACCUGACUUCAAUCUCAUCAUUGAUUGUAUGGCAUCCUGCAAACCCUGCUGAAAAAAUCAUCAGAGUUCUUUUCCCAGGGAACAGUACACAGUAUAGCAUAUUAGAUGGCCUAGAAAAGCUCAAACAUUUGGACUUCCUUAAACAACCAAUAGUGACACAAAAAGACUUAAGUGGUAACCUGACAAGUCCUGCAGUAAAGCAGACAAAACUGAAGCAGAGAACAGACAGCAAAGAAAGUCUCAAGCCAAUCACUAAAACACUGUCUACAAAGACUGUCAGAAAAGAAUCGAGAGAGGAGGCCUCUGACACAGGGAAAUCUAGCCCACCAGAAAAAGCUCAAAAAGUAGAAAAACCCAUCAUAAGAAAGGAAAAACCAGCAAAAAGUGAAAGUAGGCUCUCUGUGACUGAAAAAGACCUAACGGCAAAAGAGCAACCAAUUGUGAAAUCUGAAACUAUUGAAAAACAAACCACCGAUGUGAAACCAAAAGUAAUAAAGGAGAAGCAUGUGAAAAAGGAAGUGAAAGUAAAAUCUGAAGAAAAACAAGAGGAGAAAGAAAAGUCAAAGAAAGAGAUGCCUAAGAAGGAUGAAAAAUCCCAGAUCAGGAAAGAAGAAAAGCCUAAAAAGGAUGAUUUGAAGAAAGAAAUAAAAAAAGAAUCUAAAAAAGAGCCAAAGAAAGAAGCUGCUCCAAAAGAAUCCAAAAAAGAAGAGAAAAAGGAAGUGAAAAAGGAAGAAAAGAGAGAAAUCAAGAAGGUUCCUAAGGAGAUAAAGAAAACCUCUGCUGCUUUGCCUGAAUCAAAGAAGAUUACAGCAAAGUCAAAACCACAGAAGAAGGAAGAACCCGUCAAAAAAGAAAGUGGACUUGCUGGGAAACCCAAAGAAAAAGUUAAAAGCAAGCCAGUGAAGAAAGAGCUCAAAGUGGCUGAAAAAUCUGCUGCAGCAGCAACUGUUUUGGGAGCUGGGGCUGCAACAGUAGCAGCUGCAAGCCUAGCAGCCAGUGGGAAAGAACUUGAAGUCGAGAGGUCACUUAUGUCCUCACCAGAAGACUUAACAAAAGAUUUUGAAGAACUAAAAGCAGAAGAAGUUGAAGUCGUGAAGGAAACAAAGGAAGAUAAAGUUAAAAAUGAAAGCCAGCUAACUGAUGUAGAACAAAAGGAAGAUUAUACAGUUCAAAAAGAAAAAAUAGAAGGUCCAAUUCAUUCUCCUGAUGAAGAUAUCACCGCUGCAGAACCUGAGGGAGAAUGUGAACAAACUCCUGAAGAGCUGGAGUCUGUGGGAAAGGACAAGGUUGAUGAUAGUGAAAAAUUUGAAGAGGAAGGAACAGGUUUUGAAGAAUCUUCUGAGGCAGGCGACUAUGAAGAAAAGGCUGAGACCGAGGAGGCAGAAGUACAAGGGGACAAUGAAGAAGUGCCAACAAGUUUCAAAAAGCAAGGCAUAAAGGAUAUCAUUGAAACAGAGGAGAUUGAAAAAGAAAUGAUAGAAGCCCCCGAAAAUGAAAAAAUGAAAGGGCUAAUGUAUGAUAAAAAAGCAGAAUUUAGAAUGGAGUAUGAAGAUCACUAUGUGGAAAAUUUAGAAGAAACAACAGUUGAAAAAGCAGAAACAGAAGACACUGAAGAAGAAAUUGAAGAAGACAAAACUGAGGAGGUCAAAGAUGAAGAGGAAACUGAAAAAAUACAAGCUGAAGGGGAUUAUGUCAUGGCUGUAGUAGACAAAGCAGCUGAAGCUGCUGAAAUGGAUGAUAAAUAUGGUUUGCCUAUAACUACUCCAACUAAAUUGUCAGAAUCUCCGUCUCCGGCAAAGGAACCAGCAUCUUCAAUCCAUGAUGAAACUCUACCUGGUGGGUCAGAAAGUGAAGCAACUGUUUCAGAUGAAGAAAACAGAGAAGACCAGCCUGAGGAAUUCACUGCUACUUCAGGUUAUACCCAGUCCACCAUUGAAAUAUCCAGUGAACCAACUCCAAUGGAUGGAAUGUCAACUCCACGAGAUGUAAUGAGUGAUGAAACAAAUAAUGAAGAAAGUGAAUCUCCUUCCCAAGAAUAUGUUAACAUUACUAAGUAUGAGUCAGCACUAUAUUCUCAAGAUUUUGCUAGACCUAAAAUUGCUCCUCUUCCUGAUGCUUUUAAUGGGUUAUCCGAAGGAUCAAAAACAGAUGCUACUGAAGGCAAAGAUUAUAAUGUUUCAGCUUCUACCAUUUCACCACCUUCUUCAUUAGAGGAAGAUAAAUUUAACAAAACUUCCUUCCAGGAUCUGUAUCAUCUUCGGGAAAAUGAAUUCAAAACUGUUAAUAAAUUAGAAAUUUCAGAAACUUGGGAGGAGAAGAGUAGCCCGACUAUAGAUGAAAGUCCAGCCCCACUAUCACCAGUUGCUAAAACACCUCUUAGCGAACGUAGUGUGAACUUUUCCCUAACUCCCAAUGAGAUUAAAACAUCAACUGAGCCUGUGUCUCUCACAACACUGCCAGAAAAACACCACGAAACCCAGGAAGAACAGUGCCCCAGCCCUGAUGAUAAAACAUUAGAAGUGGUAUCCCCUUCACAAUCAGCUGCUGGGAGUGCUGGUCACACUCCUUAUUAUCAGUCUCCCACUGAUGAAAAAUCAAACCAACUUCCAACUGAGAUUCCUGGAAAGACAACUGAAGUGCCAAUCAGUGUUGAAGUUAGUGAUGCCAAAGACAAUGUUGCAAAACACAGAAUAAGCCCAAUGGAUGAACCAGUGCCUGAUUCUGAAUCGCCUUUUGAGAAAGUGCUUUCACCUUUGCGAAGUCCACCACUUAUUGGUACAGAAUCUUCUUAUGAUGCAUUUUUAAGUGCUGAUAUAAAAUCUCUCAAAGAAACUGAAACCACCUUUGAAAAGAAAAGUGAAACAGAUGAUUCCGUGUUGCAGGAGAGCUCAGUUUCUGAAGUUACUUCGACAAAUAUUUUCCAAGAGCAGCAGGAUGAAAAAGAUUUGGAGCUGACACCUCCAAAAUCAGACAUUCUUCUAGAAAAGAAAAAGGAUGAUUUAGAAACUUCAGAAAUUCAGUCUGCAUUAGUUUUGGAUGAGAGGAAGCUGGCAGAGGUCUCCCCUACUCAAGUGGAUAUUAGUCAUUUAGGCUAUUUCAAAGAGGACACUAAAAUGUCAAUAUCUGAAAGUACUGUCUCUGAUAAAUCUGCAACUCCUGUUGAUGAAGUUGUAGCAGAAGAUACUUAUUCCCAUAUUGAAGGAGUUGCGUCUGUUUCUACAGCAUCUGUUGCUACUAGUUCAUUCCCAGAACCAACUACUGAUGAUGUAUCUCCUUCGUUACAUGCUGAGGUUGGAUCUCCUCACUCUACUGAAGUUGAUGAUUCUCUCUCUGUGUCUGUUGUACAAACACCGACUACAUUUCAAGAAACAGAAAUGUCUCCAUCUAAAGAAGAGUGUCCAAGACCAAUGUCUAUUUCUCCACCAGACUUUUCUCCUAAAACAGCAAAGUCAAGAACACCAAUACUAGAUCAUAGAUCUCCCGAACAAUUGACUAUGUCAGUAGAAUUUGGACAAGAUUCACCUGAACAGUCUUUGGCCAUGGAUUUUAGCAGACAGUCACCUGAGCAACCCAUAGUAGGUGCUGGUGUGUACCAUAUAUCUGAAAAUGGUCCCACAGAAGUUGAUUUUAGCCCUUCAGACAUGCAGGAACAUGGAUUUCCAGAUAAAAUAUCACCAGUGGAACAAGUGUGUUUUAGCCACGAGAAGGAUAUUUCAGAAAUUAUUUCCGUUUCUCAGAUAGAGGCUUCACCUUCACCUUCCACUUCUUCUGUCCAUACACCUUCACAGGCAAGUUCUCCCCUGCAAGAAGAAAUCCUAUCAGCUGUUACACAUCCCAGUGAUAUGCCAUUACAUUCUACAUUUCCAUCAGAAAAAAUGCAAAGCUUGGGAGAGAAACUCUCACCAAAGUCUGAUUUAUCUUCAUUGACACCACGGGAAUCUUCUCCUUUGUAUUCACCUAGUUUUUCAGAUUCACCACCCAUAAUGAAAGAAACAAUGGCUGCUUCUCAGUCAUCUCUAUUAUCAUUGCACGUAUCCCCAGACAAAUUGUUUGGCUAUCAUACAUCAAUUGUUCAAGAUCCUGAGACAAAACAUGGCCAAGAGCUUCUAGUAUCUAAGGAUCAGGAAGAUACUGAAGAAACAUCCAUAUCACCAGAACCUCUUAUUUACUCUUAUAAGGAAACUGGAAGAACCACUAGGUCACCUGAGGCUAUUAGUUAUUCCUAUGAAAAAACAGAGGAAGUCACUGAAUCCCCUGAAACUUUUGAUUACAACUAUGCUGCAACAAAGGAAAUCACUGGAUCAAUAGAGGCAGAUAGUUAUUCCUACGAAAAAACAGAAAAAACCACCAAAUCACCAGAAGCCCUUGAUUAUUCUUAUGAAAAAUCCCCCAAACUGUCAGAGUCUGUCCAUUAUCCUUUUGAAUAUGCAGAGAAAGCUACCAAAUCACCUGACAUUUCAAGUUAUCGCUUUGAGAAUGACAAAUACUUUGUUUCAGAAAAAUCUGAAAUCCGUCAAGAUGUUGAUUUAUGUCUUGUCUCAUCCUGUGAAUACAAGCAUCCCAAAACAGAACUGUCACCUUCUUUUAUAAAUCCUAACCCCUUAGAAUGGUUUGCAAAUGAAGAACAAUCUCAAGACCAAGAAAAGCUGUUGGUUCAGUCCGGAGGGGCUCCACCACCCUCUGGAGGAAAACAGCCAGCUCGCCUGUGUGGUGAAACGCCCCCGACUUCUGUAAGCGAAUCUGCUCCAUCACAGACCGACUCAGAUGUACCCCCUGAAACAGAAGAGUGUCCUUCCAUUACAGCAGAUGCUAACAUUGAUUCAGAAGAUGAAUCUGAAACGAUACCGACAGAUAAAACGAUUACAUAUGAACACAUUGACCCUCCCCCAGUCCCUGUUCAAGAUCGCAGCCCUUCGCCUAGGCACCCAGAUGUCUCCAUGGUUGAUCCGGAGACAUUACCUAUUGACCAGAAUCUAGGAAAACCUUUGAAAAAGGAUCUGAAAGAAAAAACAAAAACAAAAAAGCAGGGGACUAAGACCAAAUCUUCCUCUCCUGCCAAGAAGAGUGAUAGCAAACCUAAGCAAGUGGCUUCUCCAAAACCUGCUGGCUUGAAGGAAUCAUUAGAUAAAGUUUCCAGAACAGCUUCUCCGAAGAAGAAGGAGUCUGUGGAGAAAGCUGCCAAAAAUAUCUCUACUCCAGAGAUAAAAUCAUCUCAUAAUGAAGAGAAAGAUAAGGAAACUAAGAAUGCGGCCAAUUCUACAACAUCAAAGUCAGCAAAGACCACAACUUCAGGACCUGGAAAUGGGAAACCAACAAAAUCUAUAGCUGUGCCUCCAGGACCUCCUAUGUAUUUGGACCUGGUCUAUAUUCCCAACCACAGCAAUAGCAAGAAUGUUGAUAUAGAAUUUUUCAAGAGGGUGAGAUCAUCCUAUUAUGUUGUGAGUGGGAAUGAUCCUGCUGCUGAAGAACCAAGCAGGGCUGUCUUGGAUUCCCUGUUGGAAGGCAAAGCUCAGUGGGGCAGCAAUAUGCAGGUGACAUUAAUCCCAACACAUGAUUCAGAAGUGAUGAGGGAAUGGUACCAAGAGACCCACGAGAAACAACAGGAUCUUAACAUCAUGGUUUUGGCAAGCAGUAGCACCGUGGUUAUGCAAGAUGAAUCUUUCCCUGCAUGCAAGAUUGAACUGUAAAAAAAAAAAAAAAAAAGCAAUGCAUUUCAACUUUAAACUUUGUUUCCAGAAAUUCUUGAAUUUGAAAAUACUUUUUCUAAAAAUAUAAUCCAUCUAAUUCAGCUGCUGAACUAUAUAUACCUGCCAAAUGCUAUACUGUAUCAGAGUGAUGCAAGUCACUAUUUUUUUUUUCAGUCUUUGCUAAUUGCUAAGGGAAAUAACAGUAUUCCCACCAUAGGGUUCAAAUUACUGCAAAACCUGCAGAUUCAGGUUCAUCUUCAUUGAACACUAGGAAACCAUGCACUAGCAAACACUGCUGACUUCUGCCAGGUUGUGGGCAUUUGCCCUUGGAAGAAACAGAGAAAAGAUGGAGAGAGAGAGGAGGGGAGGGGAAAGAUGAGUUGGAUGGCAUAGAGGAGAAUAAAAUAAUUAAUUCUGCAUUAGUUACAAAGCAGUCAGUGAUUUACCUCCCGCAGUCUAGCAUCCUAGAGAAAGAAAUAUUUGGAUUUUUUUUUUCAGAGUAGGCAUAUUUAAUUUAGUGACAUCUUAGCUAGAACAUUAAGUGAAACAAUGUGGUUUUGAAGGAACAUUGCAUUGGAAACACUUACUAUUGGCAACUUCCCAUUCAGUGUUUCAUUGUCACGUAACACAAUUCUCUUAGACAAAAUACGCAUGUAGUUUGAACCCCAUUCAGUUUAUCAUGCGGAUAUAUUGGUCUAAGGCAUGCUCCCAGCGAAAAUUCAGAGUUCUUUCAAAUUUGACAAACUUGCAUGCUAAAACACCUGGGUCACUGACAAGUUUACUGAAGCAAAAUACCAAAGCAGUUGGGAGUACCUAUGGUAGACAAUUUGCCUUAGAAAGUGACUUGAAUGUACAAAGAUACUUGAUGCACUUAUUUUUUAAUGCAAGAUAGCAAGUUUAUAAAACAUCUGUGUAGGAUUAUAGUUACACCAGUACAGAACUAUGCGUGUGCAGUGUGUGCUAUUGGAAACCUCUCUGAUUGGUCAAACAGCUUGGUGCUAUGAAUUAUGUAUGUAAGUUGAACUCUUCAUUGGUGCACCUGAACAGCAAACCUUGUUUGAAGUUAUUAUUAUUUUUCCCACCUCUCUUUUUUUCCUGCUUCCUGGAGGCAUGAAAGAAAAGGUGUUCAGUACCAGAAAUUCAAAAUAACAAAAAUAUAUGGGAUGAUACAAAAAGGUUGUCUGCACAUCUGUACAGUCUUUGAAGCUUUCUUUUGUCUUACAUUAGUUUGACUGUUAAUUUAAGAGUGAAUAUGGGGACAAAUGUACAGAAUUUUUUUAGCUGUGCACGAACUUUUAAUAGAUGAAUUUUUAAACAUGUUUUGUUUACAGGAAAAUGCAGAAAAAAAAACCCCAGAUGAAGGCGAAUUUUUUAGUAGUUUUGUAAGACAACGCAUAGUGUUAUUUUGAGUUCUGGUGAGAAUGAAGUACGAUAAAACAGUACCAUAUUUAUUGAACGUAGCUGACUGCCAAGGAUUAUCUUGCAGAGAGCACACUAGCAAUAUCGUUAUGUGUUAGUGAUCAAAGAACUAAGGACUGAAAGGUUAGUGCGCUUUCUUUUAAACCAGGCAGCUUGGAUUGGAGGCUAUUCCAUGGCUUUAUGCAAUCCAAGGAGUCAUUUUUGAUGACACUAUUUCAGUACCAAUAAACACAGCUUACGACUGGGGGGUGGGGGUUGCAUCAAACCACACUUUGUGACAUUACAAGCAGUCCUGUGAGACACCUGUCAAACCCUCCAGUGUUAGUUGGGCAGCAGAGAUCUUGACUUAAUUUUCCUAAGUAUUCCUUUAUCCUACACUGUCUUAAGUAAAAUUAAUUGAAGGAUCCUUCCCCAAAGUAAAACCAGAACAGGGUAUACUGUAUAUAAUGUGAUUCUGUGAAAUCAUAGAAACGUGCAAAAUGUAAUCCUGACCACAGAUUUUAACUGAUGAGAGCCUCAGCUCCCAAGUUCUUCAAAACUUCUAAUUCCUAGAAUUACAGGAAGGAGAGCGGCUGAUCAGGAUUUCUUACAGUCAGAUGGGAUUUAAUAUUCCGCACCUUUUCAAAUUAGCACACAGAAAAACAAAGUAUGCAAAACUUAUUCAGGUAUGCAUAAUUUCUACAGAUUACAGGAAUCAAUUUUAUGUGUGACUGAGUUUGGGUUGUUUGGUCACACAUUGUUCCACUUGGCUUCGUAGCAGUAGCAAUCGAGUGGUGAUGCUAGCAUACCAUACAGUAUGCAACCACACUGCUUUCUCCCUGCCACUUACAGUAUCUGCUAGGGUUGCAGGGUUCUCUGGUUCUUCUCUCAUCAAACAUGCCACCAUUCCAUUUAGCCUAACAAAUUACAUGUGCCUGGCCUAGUGCAAACUUACUUGCUUAUUUUUUAAUGUUCAAGACCACCUCUACCGGGAAGCCUACAAUUUCAUUAUAAGACAGAUGGAAAUGAAAAGUCAGAAAAAUAAGAAAAUGUGUGAUAACAGAUAAUAUUUCUCAUGCUGGUAUAGUAUUUUAAUGACCAGAGUACAUGUUAUCACUACCUGUAGUAAUACCUCCAUUCUCCUUAAUGUUUUACUUUGCAGCUCUGUACAGAAUUUUCACAAUCUCAUUCUUUCUAUAAUAGGAAUUUGUAUUGUUUUAUGCCAACCAUGUUUUCAGAAUGCUCUGAUUUCAUUAAGUAGGGGACAACUACAGCAUUUCGUUUAUUAUAUGUUAUAUAAUUUAUUUUAAUUGUUGCAUUGUUUAUUUUUGUUUUAUUUUGCUAAUUUUUAUAUAUUUUUAAUAUUACUUUAGAUCCUCUUUAAUUUGGGCUGGGUAGCCCAAUUAAUGCUGUGAAAUAUUGUUUAUGUUUUGUGGAUUUAAAAAUUCUAAUAUUUUGUUUUUGUUUGACAAUUCUAGCAAUGCUAUUUUAUUUAUUAUUUUACCUUUAUCCAAGAAACGCUUCUGUUCUUGUAGCUCUUUAUUUUUCUUGGAACAGCAUAGAUGGAAGCUCUAUGGGUUAGAUUCCAAGUCUUAAAAAAAAAACUAGUAUGAUUGUGGAAUGAAAAAUUCGGGAAAAAUGUAUUUUUGAAAGAAGCAGGUUAGCUGAAUUCGUAAUUGUGUAUGCUGCUUUUGGGAAAUGCAGCAGUGGGAAAACAUUGUCUUGGUACCCAUUAAACAGAAAUAACUACAUGUUAUUUGAUAUAUUCCUGAAUGUUAUUCUCCCAUACCUCAUCCCCUUUCUUAGCCCAACAGUUGCUAUUUCUAAUACAAUUCUAUUAUCAUCCACUAAUGUGAUACAGUCCUAAGCAUAUGUUCGUCCACAUUGGAUGACCCAGGCCGAUAGUACUGACAGAAGGUUAAAAUGUAAGCAUUUACUGGGCAAAGCUGUUACUCUACCACAUUGUUUUCAUUGUUUACUUAUCCAAGUUGGCCACCUUGAAAACAUCUUAGCAAUGGCCAUGCUGGCUGGAAAAUUCUGGAGAAAUUCAUCUGGAGAGUUCCUUAAUAUGGAAAUAUUGACUUAGAUGAUUUAUUCUGAGAAGGUGCCAAGCAAUUGCAAUCGGCUCUGCCAACUAACAAUGCAAUAUUCCAUUUAUUAUUGAUUACAGAUUAACAGAGUUGGAAGGGACCUUAUAGGUCAUCUAGUCCAACCCUCCGCUUAAGCAGGAGACCCUACACAUUUCUGACAAAUGGCAGUCCAAUCUCUUCUUGAAAGUCUCAAAUGAUGAAGAUCCCACAACUUCCGAAGGCAAGCUGUUCCAUUGGUUGAUUGUUCUCACUGUCAGAAAGUUCCUCCUUAUUAUAAGGUUGAAUCUCUCGUGGAUCAGUUUUCAUCCAUUAUUCCUUGCCUGGCAUUCAGGUGUUUUGGAAAAUAGCUUGACCCCCCUCCUCUCUGUGGCAGCCCCUCUAAUAUUGGAACACUGCUAUCAUGUCUCCCCUGGUCCUUCUCUUCACUAGACUAGCCAUGCCCAGUUCCUGUAACCAUUCUUCAUAUGUUUUAGUCUCCAGUCCCCUAAUCAUCCUUGUUGCUCUUCUCUACACUUUUUUUAGAGUCUCAACAUCUUUUUAUAGUGUGGUGACCAAAACUGGAUGCAAUACAAUUCCAAGUGUUAAACAUGAAAUUUUCUGGUUAAGAAUUAGAACACAGAAAAAUCUAGACUAGAUAAAUUAUACAAACAUAAAAUAAAACAUAGAGAAACAUAUCACAUACAAACUUCAAAUGAACUCCAAUUUCAAAUAACUUUUGCCAGUAGGGCUACAUAAUUGUCAAGUAUGUUUUGUCACCAAUAUUAAAUUGCAAGUUUUUCUACCUUUACAAAUGACAAACAUGAAUAUUUCAGGUUUUCUAUAUUGUUGAGUCAAGCAGUUUUAAGAACAGCUCUGCUUCUUCCAAAAUGAUGUGCUCUGUUCUUUUUUUUAAGGAUAGGCCUGAACAUAUUGUGUGACAGGACUCAUCACAGCUGGAGACUGCAUAUAUGUUUCCUGUUUACUCCAAACACUAUGGAACUGAGGUCUAGGGGAAUUAAUAAGCAUUGGCCUGGGUGGCAUAUGAUAGGCACAUAAGUUUGGGUGUUUCCUUAUUGCAGGUCCCAAUUUGACCUUCUUUCCAUGAAAGUUUAUUUGUGAUUCUACUAUUUUCUAUACAUCUACGUUGUCCAAAAAUGAUACAAAUCCAUAUCCUUUAGAUACACCAGUUCUGUCAGUGAUUAUUUUCACUUCUUUAACUGUGCCAUAUUGUGUAAAAAAGCUCCAAAUUUCUGUCUCAUCCAUCCUUAUAUCUAUUCCACCCACAAAAAAUGGUAUUUGGCAUGAUUUUCCCUUCAGGCAGAACAUAUCCUUGUCUGGUAGCAGGUAACUCAGAGCUUUCUUCCUGUGGAAUAUUUGUGUUUUGAGAGUUCUGAUUUGAAGUAGACAUCUCCACACAUCCUUUGCACUCCUCCACUUCGAAGGACGGCGAGAGCAGCCACUUCCCACCUUUUUCUUGUCCCCCUUCUUCACAAUGCCCGGGCUUGACCUAGGCCUUCAGUCCCAUCCAUUUGAGCAACCUGCAUCAAAAUCUCUUGCUUCAAGAUGAAUUAAUUUUAUGAACCCCCUCCCUCCAAUUUGCGGUUUUUAAGCAAAAUUUAAAGGAUUUACCCAGCAGGAAUAUGUUUAAUUUUCUUCUUGCCAAAGAAAAAAGAAAAAGAAAAGAAAAUGUUAACAAUAAGACAAAAAACUGACUAGAUCAUAGAGGUUAUCAGUCUGUUUUGAACUGAACUUCUAUGAGGAUUAUUUUUAGUUUAUACUCAAUAAACAAUAUUAUAUAUAUAUUUAAAUGCAAAAGGGAAAUUAAUUUGCUGUCUCCAAAAAGUGAAAACAUAGCAGAUGUGUACAUCAAUAGGCCUGUUGAAGCAAUUGUCUGAAAUCAGCAUGCCAGAUAAUUAUGUAUGCCGUAUCAGAAAUCAACUUUGUUGUGUGCAGUAGGACUUAUUCUCAAUAAACAUAUAUAGGAUUACCACCUUAAUGGAGUUCAAAUUUGGCCUUGAUACUCCUUCACACUUUAAGCCCAUUAUUGAUCCUCUUGUAAUCAUUUUAGUAUAGACUCAGAAAUGUAGUUGGAUUGGGAUUUUUCUUUGUGUAAAUUUUCCCUUUUACUUUAAGCUUCCAAAUGGUUGAAGGACCUAACUCUAAUCUUUAAUUUGGCAAAUCUUGAUUUUUAUGGGAACAUAUAUUCUCUUAUGACAGCCUUCCCUAUCUUACUGGUGUCCAAAUCAGUGGAUUACAACUUCCAGCAUUGUCAGCCAGCAUGCUAAUUGCAAAGUUUGAGAAUUUAUAGUCCAAUAACUCUUGGGUUUUUUGGGGUGGAAGUACCAGUUAGUGUAGCUUUGCUCAAAGGUCUCAUUUUGCAUCACCUCUCAAAGAUCUCAUUUUGCAUCAUUGAUUCUAGCAUUAGAACUCUUUUUAAUGUUCUGUUUUCUGACAACUUGCUCCUGAGAGUUGAGGAAAAUUUCAGGAAUACUUCUGAAAGUACAGGGACAUGUAGUGGGCAUGACAUUGGCAUUUGCCCUGCAUAUGAGUUGAUGUGCCUUUUAGAUCCAAGCCUAUAUUUUCUUUUUUAAGUUUCUGAAUAAAGCUAUAGUAGUAGGCUAUACAGUUCAUAAACAAUUGUUUUUGAACAAGCAGGCAUAGGGUUUUGAAUGGCAAUCAGGACUGAAUUUGAAUGGCACUCAAUUCUGGAUUUCUGUUACUGUUGUUUUAGGAAGCUCCUCUAGACUAAACUAAAUGGAACUAAUAGUUGUGUUAGUCACUGCCCUACAUAGUUAGUAUAGUGACAGUCAAUCUGAAGUACCAUGAAUACCGAUAUUGUGCUCUGUUACUCAGCACAGAUUACUAGAAGCAUGGUUCAAUAUUAAUUAAAUUAAUAAUUCAAUAUUAAUUAAUGAAACAAGAGUAGAGUGCUGUAUGCAUUCCAGAAAAUUUUACCAUUGGUAACAUUCCCCUCAUUGUGCUGUUAUGAUAGUACUUUCCCACUGAAUAAAAUUCAGUGACAGCAGUUUAGUUGAGGUCACAUUCAAACUUAAAACAGAUCUUUUGCAUGCCUUUACAUUUUCCUAUGGUGGGUCUAAUUUCUGCAACUACGUUUUUAAUUAAUCUUUCAUUCUUCAUGAUUUGUGUUUAACUUCACAUACAGUAGUGAAUGAAUCCAAAUGUGUAUACAAAUAUAUUUAGCUGUCUUCAAUAGAUUAAAGCAGUUUAGGAACCUUGCAACACAGAACUAAGAAGCUGUUAGUUAAGGAAAACAUUCCAAGAACUCCUGGCUUAGCUUCAAGGAGUUAAUUCUGCAUUUCCUACAUCAUGGGUCAUUUCUCCACUAGCAAGCAACUUCUAGAAUCAUCCCAACAUUGACGUGCCAUGAUUAACAAUAAUGAGGACAGAUUUUACAUCACUUCAAUGAUAAGUGGAUGAUGCUAUGAAAACAUGCUUAAGACCCUCACUAGUGGGGCAAUGGCCAUAGCCCUUUUCUCCAUAUGUAAGUUCUAGCUCACAUAUAAUAGAAUUUUUUUGUAGUCUAGAAAUAUUAGUAAUGGGGAAAUGUUAUAUUUAAACUUACCAAAAAAUUGUAAGUGCUCCUUGACAGUAGAAGAAAACACAAAAAUUGGUCUAAUUGUUUAUAUACAUUUGGAAAGUGCAUUGCUUGCCUUGUUAAGGAUGUUUGCUUCAUUUUUUAAGAAACAAAAAUAUUUGUUGUGAUCUUAUAAAAAUAACAAAAUAAGAAAGCAGCAUCAAAACCUUGAACAUUUGGGGGGGAAUUGUUUCUCUGCACUAAAUUAGUUUAGGAGCUCUAGUUGCCCAGAGCGACUGUUCUAUUCAUACAAGACUGGGCUGUAAUCACACCAGAAAAAGCACAGUUCUAAAAGUCCAGGAUGCUUUCACAUGAUGGCCUGCAGCCAUUUGAUUCUUCCAAACCAUGGAGAGAAAGUCUUGUCGUGGCUGAGAAGCACCUCACUCCUCUCUCUUGUUCUGAACGGUCUUGUUUGUGUCAGUCUGCAGCUGUGUAUGGUUUUAUGUCUUAUAAUCCUUCAUCACCUCUAUCCUAUCAAGUCAUAUCUAAAGUAGAAAAUUAGUUUCCAGUGAAAGUAAUAUGUAGUGCUUUUAUGAUAUUUGUGUGCAAUAUCCCCUCUACCAUUGAGGAUAUUUGAUGUAAAGGAAAUAAGCUCAGUUCCACAAUAAAAAAUUAAAAUAGUU